AUGAAAGAGAUGCGUACACAGAGCGAGGCAGAGAAAGAGAAGGAGAAGAAAGAAAGAAGCCUUCCGAAGGAUGGGGUCGAAGGGCAAUCCUUACUUGACGGCGGUCGGGUCGAAAGGCUCGACUCCUGGAGGCAUCCUUUCAUUGGCUGCUCUGGAAAAAAGCCCGAGAAAAGGCCAACGUUUGUCCGCCAGGAACUUCCUUUUGAGCGGAACGGAGUGCCGUGUGAUGAGGAAUUGUCUGUGGUAGAGUACCAUCUAUCACGGACAGGCCCGAGAGACAACGGCAGUACAUCUCUUUCAGAUACAUAUGUGGAUAUAUCUAGCGGUUAUAGAGCUGGUAUCGACGUCCGCGACCAUGAUACAAGGCUAUAG